AUGAGCUGCAUCAAAGCCCACUUUGAUGGAGAGGAUCAGAAGGGAGGUCACAGCUGCCCUCAAUGCAGGAAAAGCUUCAUACCGAGGCCUGUCCUGGAGAAAAACACCAUGUUAGCAGCUUUAGUGGAGCAGCUGAAGAAGACUGGACUCCAAGCUGCUCCUGCUGACCACUGCUAUGCUGGACCUGAAGAUAACCCCUUCAAACGUGCAGUUUUCCCCGGGGGGGGGGGGCUGCAGGUGCGGGUUCUCGGCGUGGCGCUUUCCCACCGGCGCGGCGCGGCGCGGCGCCACCUCAUUAGGUCAUUACAAUGA